GAACAAACUACCGCUACAACAACAACAACAACUAAUAAUACUACCACCACCACCACUCUUUCUCGUACAGUACGAUUUCUUCUUCCCAUCUCUGUGACACAUUCUCCUGCUAUUGCUCCUGAGUCUAUUGUUGCCCCUGACCAGCCCAUCAUCAUUGGCGAAACUACCUCGGGGACUUCCGCUAGGCGACCUUUCGUGCCUGGCCACCGUCGGCGUUCCACUCACGUAACUCGUCUGGACUUGGAGCGCUUCCGGAAGGACGUUUUAGGCAUCGACACUCCUGGCUUUGGAUUUGACGACGAAGCUUCCUUGCCCGCGGUUGACCCCUCUAUUGACCCUCAGUUGGAGAGUCUAAACCGCGACUUUGAAGCUGUUGCUCGGUCCAUGAAUAGUGGCACUACCUCCGACUCUGGUUCCUUCUCGAGUGGCGUCGACAACGCGGGUAACCAAUCCAAUAUGACCAACGUACCUCGUCAGUCAAUGUCUCCCGCUAUGUCUCACACUCCUAGUCAGGUCAAUGGUGCUGGGAUCACCGGCAUGAAUGCGGGGAUUCCUCUGAAUGCGGGCCACCAGAUGGAUCUCCAUCAUUUGUACGACAUGGUUCUGGAGUUGAGCGAGGUUUUGAAGAACAAUCGCCAGAUGACACAGAGUAUCGUCUCCAGCGCCGAGGAGGUCAUGCGACGCUCUGCUUCUGACGGCACCUCUCCAAACUUACAACAAGUCAAUGGUGAGAUCUCUGCUGCCCGUAUAACCGAACUGGAGCGCGCCCUGGCCAGAGAAAAGCGCCUGAACGAGGUCUUGCGAAACGAACAAGUGGAAAACACAAAGCUUAUCGGGGAUUACGAACAGGCACUUGGUACAAUGGUCGAACAGAUCCGUAACUACUGCCAGAACAACAACUUGCAGUAUCUGGCGCAGAAGCGGCACUACAACAAUCUCCUCCAAAACGAACGGGAUGCGCAUCUCCAGAGCCGCCUGGAGCGUGAUCAUUGGCAUAAUCAAACCAUGAAAUGUGCGGAGAUGAUUCGCAAUGCCUAUCGUAUUCGUUGCGAAGAAGAGAAUGUGCCAGUCCGCGUCGUGGCUGGGCUCCAGAACGAAGUCCGUGCCUACCGCAACGCUCUUGGUAUGGAGCCGGAGAGACCAGAGGAGGAGUACGGAUGGGAGAUCCUGAAGGAUGUGCCCGGCGGCCCUGCCCCUGGGGAGUAGCUGACUAUCUGGUCAGUUACGUUCCGGUUUCUCCUUAACGAGCUACGACAAUUUCCUUUCCAUAUCCUUUUGUUCUCUUGCCAGGGCGUUUUGGAGCGGCUCUUGGGCGGCGACGGAAUUUCCUAGUGCUGAUACCCUUCAUAUCCUUCUUACUCGUUCCUGUAUCAUAGCAUUUGGAGCAUAUGCCGGCAAGGGUACGGAGUCUGUAUAGAUAAUUUCUUGGGGUGUUCGGAUUUGCUGGUCAUUAUCUGGGAAUCUUUGGAAAUAUCUCGCUACGAAUCUUGUGCGUCUGGCGUUGGCUUAAUUAAUUUCGGCUCUCGAAGCGGUCGACUUUUGUCCCGCCGAU